AUGGAUACCAUCUUGGUUUUCAGCUUAAUCAUUACAUCCUAUGAUAACAAGAAAGAACUAAGAGAUAGCAGCUGCCAAGUGGAACAGCUGCCUGGGCUCUUCCCAAAGGGUGUGAGAAGCAUUAGGGAUGUGCUAAUGCCAGAAGCUCAGGCAGAAGCCAAAAGGUCCACAUUCAUCCAAAAUCUGACUGUGGCUACCCUGCAGUGCCUUGGCUCUGGGAGCAAAGUGAAAGUCAACCUUGUAUAUUCAGAGAAAAGCCCAAAGGUCAAGCAUACUCUGAAGAACUUGAGAGUCAUUACUGCUCCCCACAGAAACAGCACUGCCUCCCCAAACUGUCACCUAAUCCCCACAUCUAAGUUUCAGACUGGAUUCCUUCUAAUAGGCAAAGCCUUUUUACCAGGGAUCUUCCAAUGUAAGGUCUAUCCAGUGAUGGGGAUUUCAUCAGAGACUUUUACCACCACCAUCAACACCUCCAUAACUCAUGGGAAUAAAGGAGAUAAAACUACAAGUAUUGAUGAUUUUUCUAACACAGAUGAGAACCUAAAGAAGAGGCAGAAAUGGAGCAUUGUGGUCAAAUUUCUGAUUGCUGUCACUCUGUUGUUCAGUGGAGUCGCCAUUAUAGUGUUUGUCAUUUUUGAAGUCCCAUGCCCUAGUCGAUGCCUGAGAGCCAGAAAGCUAUGCCAGUGCCGGUGGCUGUGGAGAAGGCCAAGGAAAGGAGGCCAGCAGCAACCUGAGACAGCUGAAUCCCAGCCGGACUCUCAGCCUGAGAAGGAAAGUGGUUUCUGUAUGGUUGGACAAAAUGCUCCCGACUCAAGUUCAAAGGCGGCUGCAGGGAUCACUGUUAUCCACCAGACAUACUUCUGAAAAGUUCUGCUCUGCUUCAUAUGCUAAAUGAUAUUACACUGUCUUCUCCCUAUUAUUAAUCAAUAUGGGCAGAUUCUUACCAAUUUUACACUCAUAUCUUCAGCAGAGACAUUACAAUUUAACAGUAAUGCCAAGCCAAUGAAGGCUUAGUUACCCUCAUGCCACUGGUAGUGACUGAGUCAUAAGCUUCUGAGAUUCACUUUGUACUUCCACAAAAAAAUGGGUAUCAUCUCAUUCCAUCAAAUGAAAAGAGAAAAUCUUCCCACGAAGCACUGUGAAUGGAUGGAUCUAUUGCUCCCUUCGAGAAAAGAUUUAAACACAGCUUCCAAGAAAAUGGGCAAAGCAGCCACGGUGGUACAGUUCACCAACUCCUCUAUUAUUCUCAUAGCUGACUUCAUGCUCAGUGGCACUCAAGUGGCUUAGGGUGGAGUUCCUGUAUUCCCAGGCUGAUAGUUAAUAGAGUUUUAUGAUUUAGCCUCUGCCGCCACAUGUAGCUAUCAAUACACUGGUGAAGAGAGCUUGACUCUAAGCAUCCCAUAAGUCCUCCUCAGAAGUCAUCCCCAAGGGGCUUAGGGACUGCAUACCAAUAGGACCCAGAUGAGGUCUCCCGAUAAUCCAGAGUUCCUAAAGUGGGUCUGUCAUUAUACUCUACCAUCAUAGUGAGCUGUAUACAUUUUGAACAAGGAUGCCAGAGCAAAAUGAUUCUGAUGAUCUUUCUCACAGUGGCACAGCUAUGUCAGGUCUGACUUGUUUAAGAAUACAGUGAGAAAGUGGAAGGAGCUGAUAUUAAAGCAGCAUUUAGGUAAGAAAGAGAAUGGCAGGAGGGAUAAGAGUGUUGUCCUGCUUUUUUUCAUAAGAGGCUGAAACCAUUCCAUGCUGUUUUCGUGAAAUGUGCCUGUUUCUAAAUAAUUCUGUUUUCUUGGUUCUCUGGUAAAAACCAUAUACGAAUUGUAUUCUUCUUUCUUUCAAGUUGUCCAAAAAAGUGAUUCUCAAAACUAUACCAACAGGGGAAUAUCUCUCGCCCUAAACUCUGAUUUAAUAUUCAAGCUCGGCCUGGAAGAGAUGGAGCAGUACAAAGCACAGAUGAUGAUAGUUUUCAAGGAAGCCCUGGAGAUCUUCUAGGUAUCCUAAAGUUCCAUAGAGAUUUGAAAUAUAGUAGAUGAAGAAGAUAGAGCACUGAUGAUUUUUGGAUAAAUAAGUAUAAUAUUUGCACCCUUCCACUGAUUCCCAAUUUACAUCCAGUUUA